AUGCCUCGCUCGAUUUCCUCCUAUUUCCCGCACCUCCCUCCGGACGAGGACCAAAAUUCCGCUGACCCUCCGGAUCGUCCUAUGUCCGCCUCGCGAACCGCUCCGCCCUCCCCUGCGGCUUUCCGACGAAGCCACAGCCUUCUGUCCGAGUCCCAUACCCAGUAUGAAUCGCUCGAUACGCCGCUGGAGGUCGGGGAGACUACUAGUCUGUUAGGGAAGCAGCAGGAAGGACGCAAAGGAGCUCUGCGACGGUCUUAUACCAAUCUAUCCGGCGGUUCCGGCACUGACAUUCCGUUUCGACAUUCGCUGCUAGCCGGGAGUUUGCGUCGAUCCCGACAUCAUAGCCGCGCCAAUUCGCAGAAUAUUCGAUUCAGUCGGCGGAGUAGUCUGGAUGGAGAACACGCGGAUAGUCUCGCUGCGUCGGCGAAAGAUGGCAUGACGGCGUCGUUUCUGGACGAACGCACCUGGUACGAUCAGUUCACCUCCACGGACUGGGUGCAUGACAGCAUCGCCGACGGCGCUCGUCUGCGCGAAUUGCGCAGGCGGAAGGACAUUCGGGGUCGACUCUUAGCAUGGUUCGACGGGGCUCAGGGCUGGAUUCUGGUGGCUCUUAUCGGCUGCAUAACAGCGGCUAUCGCGUACUUUGUGGACGUUACAGAGGACUUUGUUUUUGAUCUGAAAGAGGGCUUUUGCACGACGCGGUGGUUCCACAGUCGGCAGAGCUGCUGUCUCGACGAGUCGGAUUGUGCGGCAUGGCGGUCAUGGUCGAGGAUGCUUCGACCGUCGCGGACGGAAAGUCAGGGCGUGGACUUUGCCAUGUUCGUGUUUUGGGUGCUCCUCUUGUCUAUGAUCUCUUGCUCUCUGACUUUGCUUACCAAAACGGUGGUUCCCUCGUCCGUCUCGUUGACGACGUUGGACGAGGAUCUCGGGGCUGCCUCGUCGCGCGGAACAAAGCGCAACGCGGAGGACUCGCCUGAGUCGGAAGACCGGCCACAGUCUUACUAUCCGAUUCGCACUCGUCCCGACAUGGUCUACUACUCCGCCGCCGGUAGCGGGGUGGCCGAGGUGAAGGUCAUCAACAGUGGCUUUGUGCUGCACGGCUACCUCGGCUUCAAGACGCUGGUGAUCAAAACUAUUGCGCUUGUGUUCAGCGUCUCAUCUGGUCUGAGUCUCGGCAAGGAGGGUCCCUACGUACAUAUCGCCACGUGCGUGGGGAAUAUCUGCUGUCGAUUGUUUGCCAAGUACAGUCACAAUGACGGGAAGCGACGAGAGGUGCUGAGUGCGAGCGCUGCAGGCGGCGUGGCUGUUGCGUUUGGAGCUCCUAUCGGUGGUGUUCUGUUCAGUCUCGAGGAAGUUAGCUACUACUUCCCGCCCAAGACUCUGUUCAGAACCUUCUUCUGCUGUAUUGCGGCGACGCUGUCUCUCAAGUUUCUGAACCCCUAUGGCACGGGUAAGGUUGUUCUCUUCGAGGUGCGGUACCUCGGGGACUGGGAACUCUUCGAGAUGGCCAUCUUCAUCUUGCUGGGCGUGAUGGGAGGCGUCUUGGGCGCUCUCUUCAUCAAGGCAUCUAGUUUUUGGGCACGAUCCUUCCGCCGAAUCCCCAUCAUCAAGCGGCGGCCAAUGCUCGAGGUAAUGCUCGUAGCGCUGCUCACCGGAGUGACCAGCUUCUGGAACCGGUAUACCAAGCUGCCCGUUUCGGAGCUUCUGUUCGAGCUGGCCAGUCCGUGUAAGCGUGAAUCCACAUCGCGCACGGGGCUGUGUCCGGGCGAGGAUGGCAUCGGCGAGAUCAUCAGCUAUCUUUCCGUGGCGUUUGUUAUCAAGAGCAUUCUCACCGUGGUGACCUUCGGGAUCAAGGCUCCGGCGGGAAUUUACGUGCCGUCGAUGGUUGUUGGCGGCCUCAUGGGACGCAUUGUCGGCCAUGUUGCACAGUACCUGGUGGUGAAGUAUCCCAGCUUUUUCCUCUUCGGGUCCUCCUGUCCCGCCACCUCGGGCAUGGAAUCCUGCGUGACCCCGGGCGUAUACGCUAUGGUGGCUGCGGGAGCCACGAUGUGCGGUGUGACCCGGUUGUCGGUGACCUUGGCUGUGAUCCUGUUCGAACUGACCGGCAGUCUGGACCAUGUGCUGCCUUUCUCGAUUGCCGUUUUGUGCGCCAAGUGGACAGCGGAUGCGAUCGAGCCGCGCAGCAUCUACGAUCUUCUCACCGACAUGAACUCCUACCCGUUCUUGGACAACAAGAUCCAAGUGAUGUCCGACGCAGCAUUAGGGGAUAUCGUCCGGCCGGUCCGCAAGAGCCGGGUGAUCGAUAUUUCCGACUCCCCAUUCGUCCCCGCCACGGAGCUUCGCUCGAAACUGCAGAACCUGCUCGUAGCAGGCGAACUGGACAGCGGUCUUCCCAUCCUACGCGACAACAUUCUCACGGGGCUGAUUCCGGCUCCAGAGCUUGAGUUCGCCUUGGAUGAUCUCGAGGACGAGGAUAAUACGCUGUGUCUGAUGGCGCUGGAUGCGUCUUCGGUUCUGUCGGACGGCGAAGGAGACGAGACGGAUCAUGUGGAUUUUGGGCAAUAUAUUGACCCUGUAGGUCUCCCCUUCCCAUGUCUAGUGUGUGUCAUUCAAUACUGA